GCGGCGAUUGUACGACUUCCGGAAAACAGCCUGUUCGGCGAGAUAGUAACAAAGCCAACGAAAUGUUUCCUGUGUAGCAUAUACAUAAUUCUAAAGACCAGCGUGGCUGUUUUAUACAGUAUAUGAACUCGAUGAAUUGAAAUUCAACCGGUUUAUAACUAGAUGAGUGUCUGAUCAAUGUGAGUGUAGUCUAAUACUUGUGGUGAAUCACGUAACAUGGCGGAUCCUCGACUCGCUUUUGGAACCAAUUUCCAGCCAAAUAGACCUCCUGGACCCCAACCUGUCCCAAAUCCAGGAUUUCCUACGAACCAGCAGCAUGCAGCUCCAGGCAUGCCACCAAAAAUGGGCAUGCCCCAAGGUCCACCUGGGCAGUUUAGUGGUGGACCACAGCCUCCUUUACCUCCGAUGACAGGGGCUCCUUCAGGACCACCAUUUUCAGGCAUGCCUCCUCCCUUACAUGGCAACAUGCCUCCACAAGGUGGACCAAGACCUCCGGUUAAUGGCUUUUCAAGCCCACCAUCUAUGCAACCCCCAGGAAGUGGUGUAACAAGGACUCCAGGCCCGCCCUCGGGAAUGAUGGGUUCUGCAGCAUCAUCUGCUGGUCCAGGAAAUGUUAAUGUGUCAUCCCCACAAAUACGCGGACCUUUCAAUCCUCAAGUUUCACAAACAGGGCAAAUGUUAAAUGGACCAACAAGCCAGACUACAGUCAAUGGGUAUCAGUCUGUUCAGGGCGGUCUUCCCCCAUCUUCACAGGGUCAGCAGUACACAGGACCUCCUAUACAGCCUGGAGGACCACCUAUGGGAGGACCUGCACCUAAUUUUAGACCCCCAGGGCCUCCAACCCAUGGUGGUCCUCCUCUACAGGGUCCUCCUUCUGUGAGGCCCCCAGGACCUAGUCUGCCACCUGUGUCUGCUGGUCAAGGCCACCCAUCCAUGAGGCCCUCGGGACCAGGUCAACCUCCCCCUAUUGUGUCUGCAGGGCAAGGACCUCCAACUAUACGGCCUCCAGGACCAGGUCAACCUCCCCCUGUUGUGUCUGCAGGGCAAGGACCUCCAACCAUGCGCCCCCCAGGACCAGGUCAACCUCCCCCAAAUGUGUCUGCAGGGCAAGGACCUCCAACCAUGCGACCCCCAGGUCUAGGUCAACCCCCACCGACCGUAUUGGGUUCUCAGGGGAUGGGUGCACCACCAGGGUCAGGCCCACCUCUGAGGCCACCUGGCCCACCCGGGCCACCCCUUCCUCAGGGGCAGCACACAAGUCGACCUAAUGAAUUGCCUGUCCCCUACCAUGGCCACGGCCAGUACUCACACCAGGUGGGCCCCACCAUGAACUUGACUCCUGGACUCACUCCCGGCUCAGGUAACCACGGCAUCGAACCAGCCUCACAGAAAUCUUCUCGGGCACCGUCACCGAUCGCAAACCAGAUUUAUGAUGAUAUGGAGGGGCAGUUUGCACCAUCUCCUCAAGGCAUGACCCCAGUGUCCUCACCCCCAGGCUCAGCUGCCCCACCGUCACAAGACAUGAGUCGAACCACAGGGAUCACGGGGAGGAGGCAGUACCCUCAAAUGCCCUCCAACUCCAUGCCAGCUCCACAAGGGCAGCAAGGCUACCAGGGACCACCCCAAGGAUACCAGCCAACAGGUGCACCAGCGUAUCAACCUAGCAGUACACAAGGAUACCAGCCAACAGGUGCACCAGCGUAUCAACCUAGCAGUACACAAGGAUACCAGCCAACAGGUGCACCAGCGUAUCAACCUAGCAGUACACAAGGAUACCAGCCAACAGGUGCACCAGCAUACCAGCCUGGCACUGCACCAGGAUACCAGCCAACCAGCACGCAAGGAUACCAACCUAGCAGUACCACAGGGUACCAACCUAGCAGUACCCAAGGGUACCAGCCUGGAGGUGCACCACAGUACCAGGCCCCGUCUUUGUCACAAGGGUACCAAGGACCACCACAACCAGGCUACAGUCAGAUGCCUGGGGGACAGCCUGCCCCUGGUCCAAUGUCGGGUCCGGCAGGGGGAUACCAGCCGGGGGGUGGAAGCAGCAACCCAAAUGAUAUACUGUCAAACUUCUCAAAUAUGGGCGUAGAUGAUUCCCAGCGCUUUCUGAACCUGAUGCAGGAACGUCGUCUCAUCCCUACAGACGGACUUGAGACGGUGAAGCCAGGCUUUCAACACGACUUCAAGAAAGUCAACUGUAACCCAGAUAUAUUCCGAUGUACUCUGAACGCCAUACCGCAGACAUCAUCAUUACUGAAUAAAGCACGAUUACCCCUAGGCAUCAUAAUUCAUCCUUUUAAAGAUUUGUCGGAGGACGAGGAGGAUGGUCAACUUCCUGUUAUCCAAUCCAGUGUGAUAGUGCGCUGUCGCUCCUGUCGGACAUACAUCAACCCAUUUGUACACUUUGUUGACCAGAGGAGGUGGAAAUGCAACCUAUGUUAUCGUGUCAAUGAUUUACCAGAUGAAUUUUCAUUUGACCCAGUUAGUAAAACAUACGGAGAUCCGCAGCGUCGACCAGAGGUGAAAUCCGCUACAAUAGAGUUCAUAGCACCAUCCGAGUAUAUGUUGAGGCCCCCUCAGCCAGCAGUGUAUGUGUUCCUACUAGAUGUGUCUUUCAAUGCCAUCGAAACUGGCUACCUACAGUUGUUCUGCCAGGUUCUGCUGGACGAACUGGACAAGGUUCCGGGAGACACCCGGACGCAGAUCGCCUUCCUGGCAUACGACCGCUUCCUCUACUUCUUCGGUCUGGCAGAGGGGCAGUCUCAGCCACAGAUGAUGGUGGUUCCAGAUCUUGAAGACAUAUUCCUGCCCUGCCCAGACAACCUGCUUGUGAACCUGAGUGAGAGCAAGGACCUUGUGAUUGACCUCCUCAACCAGCUGCCCACCCUCUUCCAGGACAACAGGGAGACGGGCAGUGCACUCGGGGCGGCCUUACAGGCAUCCUUCAAACUAGCGAGUGGUUCUGGAGGCCGAGUGACGGUGAUGCAGACGGUUCUACCAACAGUCGGACCUGGGGCUCUGCAGGCCAGGGAGAUGCCGAGCAAUGUUUCAGCUAAGAAUGUGCCUCAUUUGGGUCCAGCAACCGAUUUCUACAAGAAGCUUGCAUUGGACUGCUCAGCGCAGCAGAUAUCAGUUGACUUGUUCUUGCUCAAUGGCCAGUAUGCAGAUUUAGCAACACUUACAUGUGUGUCGAAGUAUUCGGCUGGUUGUGUGUACUACUAUCCAUCCUUCCACACUCUCAAGACGCCAGGGUUAGUGGACAGGUUCGAUGCAGACUUCAGGAGAUAUCUCACCAGGAAAAUUGGCUUCGAGGCUGUGAUGAGGAUACGAUGCACAAGAGGACUUAGCAUUCACACGUUCCAUGGCAACUUCUUUGUGCGGUCGACAGAUUUGCUGUCAUUGCCAAACAUCAACCCUGAUGCUGGGUUCGGCAUGCAGAUGUCUAUCGAGGACAACUUGACAGAUACGUCCAGUGUGUGUUUCCAGGCAGCUCUGCUGUACACCUCAAGCAAAGGAGAGCGACGUAUCCGAGUACACACACUGUGUCUGCCGGUGACCAAUCAGCUGAGUGACGUGUAUGCAGGCGCAGAUCAACAGGGCAUCAUCUGUCUGCUGGCAAAGAUGGCGGUCGACCGUUCAGUGUCGUCCAGUAUGGGAGAUGCCAGGGAUGCUCUCAUCAAUGCGGCAUUGGAUUGUCUGUUGUCGUAUCGCCAACAGGUCCCUGCAUCACAGAGGAUGGGAGCUCUGCCGUUGCCCUUCACGCUCCGAAUCCUUCCUCUCUAUAUUCUUGCUAUGCUCAAAAGUAGUGCCUUCCGGUCAGCUACCAAUGUGAAGCUUGACGACCGCGUGUUCAGUCUGCUGCAGUGCAAGACUCUGCCGUUGAUGUACUUGAUGCAGAGCUUCUACCCUCAUCUCUACCCUGUUCACUCCAUAGAGGAGCGGACCACGAUGACCCGAGGUGGUUUGGUAAUCCCCAAGCCCCCGUUGCUGCAGUUAUCGUCAGCCAACAUUGACCGCCAUGGGGCAUACCUCAUGGACGUCGGCAACGACCUGUACCUGAUGGUUGGCGGAGCUAUCAGUGACCAGUUUUGUCAGGAUAUACUCGACAAGCCAAACUUCAUGUCAAUACCGGAGGGAAUGAAUGACCUACCAGAGACUGAAAAUCCGUCCUCAGAAAGGUUACGCAACUUCAUCAACUAUCUGAUGGACAGCAGACCGUAUGGAGCAAGCUUCCUGGUGCUUCGGGAAGACAGCAAAAACCGACAAUUGUUCUUUCAACACAUGGUAGAAGAUAAAACAGAGUCAAGCAUGUCAUAUUACGAGUUUUUACAAUAUUUACAACAACGGACAAAGAGUUAGGAACUAAUGGCGGUUGAGUGAAUUGACAUUUAAAAGAGCGAUGACCUGUGCAGUACAGCCGGACAUGGCCUGUCGUCAGCACUUGGAUGUGGAGAGAAUGGACAAAGAUGCUACCCUCUUCACACAUCUACAGACAAAGGCCGUGCAGGCCCCCUAGGCUGCAUCACUUUAUCAGCACUAUGUCGUGUUUCUUUUUCUGCACAACAGAUUUCAUUGCUCCAAAGAAUGCCCAAUUAGUGCCAAAGUCAGCCUACAUGUGUAUUGUUCAAUGUCUAGAAUCAUCAAAAGCUUAAUAUAUUAUUUUUUCGUUCUCAAAUAUUUGCCUUGAAGAUGGCCCCAGAUUAAUUGAUUUGUGUUGGAUUCGUACUGUUGUUUAUGUAGAGGGUGUACUUUCUUCUGUUGAAGGCAAAUUUGUGUUAAUACUAUUUAUUGUAAUUUUUCCUAUGGACAGAAUGGGUUAUUAGUAUCAAUUUGUUCUACGAUAUGCAAGAGGAACUACUAUCACUACUACCAUAACCAGACUGCCCUGUCAUACAGUAUUGUACCUUGACUCAAGUAACAUCUCAACGAUGGCUGUUACUUUUGUUGUUAUCUAAUAUACGGAUGUCAGUUGUUUUUUUGAAAAUAUUUCCUUAACUGCCUGAAUGUGUUGAAUGAUGAAACAUGGAGAGGAUUGUAAUGACUUUCAAAAUCUGUGUGCCACAUUUCCCUCGGCAGUGUUCCACAUACAGUCGUUAUGUUUAUGAGUUACGAUAGUUGAUAGUCGUAACGCUAAGGAACAGGCCCUGUCUCUGAACAUAUAUAGUGUCUCAAGAGACAUGCAUGUAAAGCCGGAUGCUAUAAAGCUGUCUGGAUCUACUGUCUGCAUGUAUUAAAAGUGGUGCGAUUAUUGAAAUGUGAUAUUUUUUACCAUGUGCACCCAAGCAAUGAAAUGUGAAACAUUACAGAAUAUACAUGAGUGCUUGGAGAACUUUAUAUGUGCUUGUGUUGUUUUGAAAUAUACAUGCCAGCUGAUGGAUCAGCUGUGUCUUCCCUGCUCUGAUGGAUUGUCAACAGUAAGUGAUAUCCGCAACAUUAAGUGAUAUCGGCAUAACACCUACGUCAACAUUUGUUGCAGUGAUUAUGACAUAGUCUAAUGAAACCAUUCCUUGUUCCUUAGUGGUGUGUUUUACAUGUGUUGAUUUUAUGGUAACAACUCCCUGUGUAAAUAUCUCCCCGGUCCCUUAUUGUACAUAAUACACACAACUGCAAUGAAGGGGAAUGUUUUUUAAGCUAGCGAAUGAAAGUGUUUUGGUUGAAUACAAAUCUUUCUUUCUAAAAGGAUAUUUUGUAUUGGCUUUGAGUGUUUUAAUUGCAUGGGUGUCAUAUAUGAGAACCUGAUGCGGAAGCGAUCACUUGCAUUGUCAUCAGUAAACACAGGGUUGGCUUUCAUCAUUGAAGUAUAUGGGUUCGAUAUUUGACAGCUCACACAUUUCUGAAUUGUAACCAUAGUAUGGAGCUGUUUCAAUUGGUAACAUACACCCUCAUUCUACAGGUUAUUUUGUGAACAUGUAUCUACACAUUUAUCAAAAUCAUGUUAAACAGUUGCUGCUUUUGGAUGUGUAGACUUGCCAAAGAACUGCAGCAUGGUUCGCUAAGUUGUCUUACUGCUACGAUCGUUGUUACUUUUAUACUGUGUUGUAGCACUGUGAUUCCUUUGUGAGCUGUGGCCCAGAAAUAAUAUUAGAUUAUUAUUUGACAUUAGUAUCAUCCUGGGGUAACAUUCUGAGGUUAUAAGGGCCCUGUUCUACUGAUGAUCUUGGCGCUAAGAUGAAUGUAACUGCCAAACAUUUUUAGAGUUACGAUAGUUGUACGUAAAUGAUCGUUACCUUAAUAUAGACUUAUGAUUGUCUUUGUGACAGCCAUUGUAACUCCCACACUUUAAUAUUGACUUAUGACCGUCAUGGCACUAAGAUGGUUGUAACACCAAUUAUAUAACAGACUAACAACAAUCGUAGCCUAAGAUUGCUUUCAGGAACAGGGUCUUUAUGUCCCUUAUAGGGCUGUAUGUUAUGCAUUGCUAAGCAUUUGAAACGGCUUGGGAGGGUGCUGAAAAUGUAUACAUCCGAGUUGCUGCGGGACUCUGUUGUUAAUAUUUGUAUGAAUAUAGGUGCAAUAUAUUCAGACUUCGCUGGUGAUUUCACUAUUCAUUCAUGACAGAGCGGCAGGUCAUUUGUAAUCAGUUCCAGUUCUCUUCACGUUUGCAAGGUGUUCUUAUUGUAAAUAUGCAUAUAGGUUAUAGCAUGGGUGGGGUCACUGUGUACAUAGGCAGCCCCGGGCUGUCAACAUUGAGGCUGACGGACACUCAUGCUAACUGGACAGUUCAACUUGUACAAUAUCAAAUCACUGUAUUAAUUUGCCAUUUGAUGAUAGUCUUGUCAAAAUAAAUGCUGUACACACCAUCA